CUUCGCGCAGUCGCAGUGGUAGUUGAUAUAUUCACUAAUUAAAGAGCUAGCCAAAGGGAUACAUUCUGCAGUUAUGUAGCUCAAAUAAGGCGGACCCGACUAUGCUGGGCCCGGUUACUGUAAGCUACUUUUACGGUCUCAUUUGGGCCUGAGAAGUGCUGUAAAACUGCUGUAUCUUCGUUAGUCAAACAGGCAGCUAAUUUAGGUAGCCACAUGCUAGCAGGCUAAAAGGCUACCGUGAGUUUGUUUUUCUCUCUCGGCUAGCCUGUAGCUAGUCUGAGUGAACGGACAGGCGGCUAACCUCGCUACUGUAUUUGUUUUGAAUUCACCGAUGGUGUCUUUUGGAAAAUAAUCUUCCUCCGCGUCUACCAAGUGUCCAGCAAAGAUGUGGCAAAGUGUCGGGCUCACAUUGCUGGUCAUUGUGGCCACGCUGCUGUGUGCUCUUAUCUUCAUGUUGUGUGGUUGGUAUGUAGUCUGGCAGCUCUUCUUGUCCAAGUUCAAGUUCCUGCGUGAGCUUGUCGGGGAUGCGGCCGCCCCGCAGGCUGAAACUCAACCGUCCGAAAGCAAGAGCGAACGCGCCGCUAACGUCCCCACGCGAAAUCGUCCCAGGACUGCACGCCAAAGAGUUGCCUUUCCAGAGAGCAGCACCUUGUAAGAUCAUCACUGACCAGGCUCUCUGUGACACUAAAUCACAACCUUGAUGACACUCAGUAGGAAGCCUCACUCUUGAACCUGGACGCUUUUAAUUGGGCCAGGCGGAUCUCCUGGUCCAUCUAAGAGGAAAAGCCAUUUAGUGCACCAUCCAUUUGAGUAUGUCACCUCUUUUUGUGUUUGGACUUUGGACAGUUCACCUUCUUAAAGUGCAAUGAAAGGUUUAAAGGAAGAGUCGGGGUGGUUUGAAGCUGCUACACGGCGACACACAUCAAUAGAUGUCUACAAAUUAACGCUGCAGUAAAAAAAAAAAAAAAAAAAAAAAAAACACGCCCCAGCAGCGACCAAACCGUGUCUCUCGUUCCCUCCUGCCCCCCCAUGCUUUCUGCCUGCACUAGUGCCUGUCUGUAGAUGGCUGCCACUGUUUGUCA